GAUGGUCAUGGAGAACGUCCACCUGAUGGCCAUCAUCCCAUCCUGAUGGACUUCUCGGAGGAGGUGGAGAAGGUGGCCAGUGCCCCUGCCCGCGCCAACGUCCGCGACCGCAGGGCCAUGGCUUCCACCCCGGCCGACGUCAAGGAGAUCCCCGGUGCGCUGGUGUUUGAGAUCGACAUGCCCGGGGCCAAGUCAGGCAAGAUGAAGGUCCAGGUGGAGGACGACAACACCCUGGUCAUCAGCGGGCGGCGGCGCCGAGCGAGGAGCAAGGAAGCCAAGUACCAGCGCAUGGAGCGGCGGAUGGGCAAGUUCGUGCGCAAGUUCCCGUUGCCAGAGGACGCCGACCUCGACGCCAUCACGGCGGCGCUCCAGGACGGCGUGCUCGCCGUCAGGGUGGGGAAGAAGCCGCCACCGGAGCCGAAGACCAUCGAGGUCAAGGUUGGUGGGCCGUCCCGGCUUAAGACGCCGCAUGGAUAACUUGCAGUGUAUCAAAAGGGAGAAGAGGUGUUAUAAAUGGUGUGACGAUGUGGACACUCUUUUUCUGUG